UAAUUUAGAAAAAAAUACGAAUAAAAUUAAUUUCACAUUCUCACAACUUUAUACAUUUAAUUGAAGUUUAUUAUAACCAAUUGUUUAUUUACGCAUGAUGGACAACAAUUCUAUUGAUUGUAAAAAUCCAAAUUUUGUAGACUGGACGGCUUUUCAAUUGUAUUUAGAACGCAAGGGAGUGGUAUCGGUUAUAACAGAUGCACUAUCUAGUUUGUUCAAUGAAAAACCUUCACCAAAAAACGUUUAUCAGUAUUUGUUCUGUAAGCUCGGAGGUCAUUCAGUGAGUGAAAUGAAACAUCAGUUAAAGAAAUUGAAAAGUAAAAUCAGAAAGACGUCUCGUGAAAUUGAAACAGUGACCGACGAAAUCGAACAUCUGUCACUCAUCCGGGACAACCACCUAAAGUUUAGCGUGUAUAAGGAUUUUGUAGACAGGAAACGCGCGGAAAAUCAAACAAUUAAAAAAUCAAAUUAUUGAAAA